AUGUGUUGCAGCUACUACAGAAACUCCUGCGGGGACUGUGGCUACGGCUCUGGCUGUGGCUCUAGCUGUGGACACUGCUCUGGCUCUGGCUACAGCUGUGGAUACUGCUCUGGCUGCUACAACGUGUGUUGCAGCUAUGGAAACUCCUUCAGGGGCUGUGGAUAUGGCUCUGGCUGUGGAUAUGGCUCUGGCUGUGGAUACGGCUCUGGCUGUGGAAAUAGCUUGGCAUAUGGUUCUGGCAGUGGAUAUGGCUCCCGCUAUGGCUGUGGAUACAAGUCUGGCUGCUGUAGCUACCGACCCUUCUGUUACAGAAGAUGCUACUCCUCUUGCUGCUAA